GGGGGGGGGGGGAGGUGGGGGGAAGAGGAAGAGAUAUCGAAUUUCCACUCUCAAGUUCCCAACAGACGAAGACGACAAAUCGAAAUCAAAAUCAAAUAGAGAAAGAAAGAAGAAGGCUGUGACCGUCUCAGAGAAUCGUUCCUUCCUCUCUGAGACGAUGAACGGCGGCCCCUCCGGUUUCAACAAUGCUCCCGUCACCCGGACCUUCAUCAUCGCCUCCGCUCUUUUCACCAUUUUCUUCGGGAUCCAAGGCCGUUCAAUUAAGCUUGGUUUGUCCUAUCAGGAUGUGAUUGUGAAGCUCCGAUUCUGGAAGUUAGUAAUGUCAGUUUUUGCUUUUUCGUCUACUCCUGAAUUGAUGUUCGGACUGUUUCUGCUAUAUUACUUCAGAGUAUUUGAGAGACAAAUAGGUUCCAACAAAUACUCGGUCUUUAUAUUGUUCUCAAUAAUAUCCUCCUUACUUUUUGAGGUCCUUGCGAUAUCAUUACUUAAAGAUCCUGCAGCAAAUCUAGUGACUUCUGGACCUUAUGGUCUUUUGUUUGCUUCCUUUGUACCCUUCUUCUUUGAUAUUCCUGUUUCAACUCGGUUCCGUGUAUUUGGAGUUCGUUUCUCUGACAAGUCUUUCAUAUAUCUGGCUGGUCUUCAGCUCCUUCUGUCUUCGUGGAGAAGAUCCAUCUUACCAGGGAUAUGCGGAAUUCUUGCUGGUUCCUUAUAUCGGUUGAAUGUAUUUGGCAUCCGCAAGGCCAAGUUUCCAGAGUUUAUCAGUUCAUUCUUUUCAAGACUUUCUUUGCCAUCUGCGGGGAAUCCUCCAGCAGCCCCAAACAGAGAUGUUAGAGGAAACAUGCCAUCCUUCAUGAGCCGCCCGGUUGAGAGGAACUAUCCUUCGGCGCCAAGUGCCACAGAACCACCAGAAGACGCCAUUGCUACACUUGUUUCAAUGGGGUUUGACAGAAACUCAGCCAGGCAGGCCCUUGUGCAAGCCAGAAACGACGUUAACAUUGCGACAAACAUACUUCUUGAAUCACAAUCGCACUAAUUUGAAGAAUUUUGAGGGGUAAUUUUAAAACUUUGAUGUCCCAGGUCGGAGAAACAACCAAAUUUGAGUAUCGAGGGUUGAUGAAUUUGCUGACAAACGAGUUUUGAUGGUUGGAGGAACUCACCGAGCUGUUUUUUUAUGAACUCUUUAAGGUGUCUCCCUUUUGUGUUCCUCUCUACCGUAGCUCUCAAAUUUUCUUGAUAAUUAAUGUCCGAUUACACAAGAUUGCUUAGUUUGUACGUCUUACUACUAAGAUCAAAACAUCAAGUAGAAAUGUUUAUGGAACCAUAAUGUGCAGAAUUCUUAUGUUAUAAUCUAAAUUUCAGAUUUUUACACAA